CGCUGUCAGAUUUUCCAAUUGACAAGCGCGGUGCCAAUUUCUGUCCAAGUUUUUGUGUAUUCUCUCUCUGUUAUAAAAUUGUGUUUUUCUAUAAAAUUUUCUUAAACGAAAUCGCGAUAAAAUUGUACAUUUACAAAUAUUGCCAUGACUUACGUGUAAAAAUGUAAGGAAACUUUAAAAUGUACUACUAAAUAUUUGGCUAAUAUAAACGGGCGAAAAAAGUUACUGCAGCAAGCGGUAGACAGGCAAUCAACCAACCGUCUUUGGUGACAGGUCGAAAAUCGAUUUUUUCGUGCCAGAUUCAUAAGAAAUUUUCGCUGCUCAUCUGUACGACGUCGCUAAAAGUGCGCCCAGCAAAAAUAAAAACACUUCUCGGCACCCGGCUUAUAAUGGAAAAGUAGCAUUAAGUUAAAAAGUUCACAAAAAAACUGCAACCAAAUAAGAUAAGUUUAGUGAAGUAGCACCAACAACUCGAAGAGCAUCAAAAUUUUGGCUAAAAUCACAAUAGCACAUACAAUUACUGGCGUUUGCAGCAUUUGCGGCUAAAUCAAUAAUCCAUCAUUUCAACACCCGAGCCACGCAUAACAACAAAAUCGAAACAGACAGUCGUUGCAUUUGCAAUUUUUUCGGCGUUACAACAAAUUCGUAUAACAAAGCAUCAUAUCCCAAUCAAAUUGAGACACAUCAUCAUCGUAAGUCAAGUCGUCGUCAACCCAUAUUUAUUUGCAACGAAAAAUGAACGUGUGAAUUGAGAACAACAACUUUAAAACACCAAAAACUUUAUAACCGAAGAAUAAAAAUACAAAAAAAAAAAACAUAAACCAAAAGCAAUGAGUUCCCGACAUUACACUAUCGAAGUGGGGGACACGAAUUUCACAAUUCUUAAUCGGUACACAAAUUUGAAACCGAUCGGUUCCGGCGCUCAAGGCAUUGUAUGUGCCGCCUACGAUACGGUGACCGAGCAAAAUGUUGCCAUUAAAAAAUUAUCACGACCAUUCCAAAAUGUAACACAUGCCAAGCGGGCUUAUAGAGAGUUUAAGUUAAUGAAGCUGGUAAACCAUAAGAAUAUUAUUGGUUUACUUAAUGCAUUUACACCACAACGUAGCUUGGAAGAAUUUCAAGAUGUUUAUCUUGUGAUGGAGCUCAUGGAUGCAAAUCUAUGUCAAGUCAUACAAAUGGAUUUGGAUCAUGAUCGUAUGUCGUAUUUAUUAUAUCAAAUGUUAUGCGGUAUAAAGCAUUUACACCUAGCCGGCAUAAUACAUAGAGACUUGAAGCCAUCAAAUAUUGUAGUUAAAGCCGAUUGCACAUUAAAAAUUUUAGAUUUCGGUUUGGCACGUACAGCCGGUACGACAUUCAUGAUGACACCAUAUGUUGUUACACGUUAUUAUCGUGCACCCGAAGUUAUUUUGGGUAUGGGCUAUACCGAAAAUGUGGAUAUUUGGUCUGUGGGCUGUAUUAUGGGUGAAAUGAUAAGGGGUGGUGUUCUAUUCCCCGGCACUGAUCAUAUUGAUCAAUGGAAUAAAAUUAUUGAACAAUUGGGUACUCCGUCUACAUCAUUUAUGCAGCGUUUGCAGCCAACUGUCCGUAAUUAUGUUGAAAAUCGACCACGUUAUUCGGGUUAUUCAUUCGAUCGUCUAUUCCCCGAUGUACUCUUUCCAAAUGAUAAUAAUGAACAAAGUCGACGAAAGGCAUCGGAAGCACGUGAUUUACUUAGUCGUAUGCUAGUGAUUGAUCCCGAACAACGUAUUUCGGUUGAGCAAGCACUAUUACAUAGUUAUAUAAAUGUUUGGUAUGAUGCUGAAGAGGUUAAUGCACCAGCACCCGAACCAUAUGAUCAUAGCGUUGAUGAACGGGAACAUACCGUCGAACAAUGGAAGCGACUCAUCUAUGAAGAAGUUAUGGAUUAUGAGGCGCACAAUACUAAUGCGCCCGUAAAUACUACACGGUAGACCCUGAAUUAAUUUAGGCAUGGCAUACUAAUGCUUCUGAGCAACUCUUAAUGUAUAUAAAAUAUAAGAACAAUAAAAGCAUUAAUACUUUCAAAAUAAUAAAGUAAAACAAAAAAAUAUAAAAAUAAAGUAAAUAAACAUAAAAUAUUAGAGAUCAGCUUGUUUCGCCUCUCAAAAACAAAAGGGUUCAAAAAUAUGUUCUUAUUUGCAAAAGUGCAUAACAAAAGCGGAAAGUGAUUUUUUUCUAGUAAAGAUAUGAUAUUAAAUUUGAAAUGGCGAAUGUAAAGAAAAGAGUACAAUACAUACAUAAAUACAUAUUUCUAACAAGUGUUUGCUACAUAAAAAAAUAUAAUUACGAGAACCACAAAAACAAAAAAGAACGUAGUAAGUGUAAUACUUUAUUGAAGAAUAAAUAAAUAUCCCCGAUAAUUUAAACUUACAA